GUCUUCAUCAGGAGCCAUAUGACCCUAUGGAUGGAAAACGAACAUUUCUUAUUGCUACAGUUCUUUCAGUGCAAGAUUCCAGCUUUACAUAUCCUGCUUGUCACAACUGCUUCUCCCGGGUGAUCCACACUCACAGCAGGUACAACUGCCCCAGAUGUGGCUACAGUAGCAAAGAAACCAGUCAACGUUAUAAACUGUGCUUGAAGGUCGCAGAGGGCCACAAACUUCAUAUCAUCACUGCGUUUGGAAGAUGCCUGGAUCACAUAUUUGGAAUCAGUGCCAAUUCUUUGCAGCAGCAUCUGCAGGAUUCGAUCCAGAUAUCAAGCAAGCUGGAAAGUGACCGUGCCCCGGACUUAUUCUAUAAAGCGGUGGAAUAUUGUUUCAUUGGCAGGAGUUUUCUGUUUGGGGUGAAGAUUCCUGCAAAUCACUGUGACAAGGAUCAAGGCUGCCGUCUUUCCUCAUACGGAUCUGUCCAGCAUAUGUUUGCAUGCCAGAUUUGUCUGCCAAAUGGUGACCCUAUUGGUUGCACAGUUAUUCAGCACUAUGAUUAUCUCUUGCAAUGCUUUUUGAGUGGUCAGCAAUCUAUAAACAGUGCAUCAAGUCCUUCAAGUAACAAUAACCAAAGUUUGGACCUCUCAUGCCCUUCGGCGAGCAACUAUGAUCUAUGUCCAGAUGAGACUCAACAAAGAUUAGAUUUUUGGCAAAAAUCUUUGGGCUUAACAUCUGUCGCAUCAGCAUCUGUGGCUAGCACAACAGCAGAACCCUCCACCUGGGAACUGAGUAGGAAUAAGCGGAAGUCGUUUGCACACUUCUCAAGUGACACCGGAGAUCAUUUUAACCGAGCAUCCCAUUCUUUUCAAGAAGAAAUUAAAUCUGACACAUUCAAUAUCUCUAAUACUAGUACACCAAAAAGCAGAUGUGCUAGUCAAGAUGCAAACAUUGCUCCACUGGUUUCCAAAACUCAUAGGAAUAUUAUUGAAUGUAGUCCCUUUUUAUGCACACUACGAUCUACAGAUUCCCCUUCAACAUCUAAAACUGCUUACAAGGAGGAAAAUGUUGGGCGGAUGCUGUCUUGGAACUCUGUUAAUUGUACGAGCCAAGUCAUUUCCCUUUGUUCUGUUGAUUUGUCUUCCAAGAAAAGUAACACAGCUGGUACCCAUCAAGAAGAGACAGAAAUAUGGGAGGAUUUUCUGUUCUCUGAAAGUCUGAGUGAGUUUAUAGCAAAAGUUGAAAAAGAAGAUGCAGAAUGUCAGUUGAGCUUUAGUGCAUGUAAACAAAACUUGAAUACACUAACAAAUAGUUCUCCCAUCCGGCAUUGCGGUAUCUCUACAAACAAUGGGUCAAACACAAUUGUGAACGAGAAGAUUCCAUUUACGUCUAGCAACUUAUCUAACCUAUCAAAAAAGGAUGAGAGUUUUUCCUUUGUCUUGAAACCAAGAUGUCCAAUUGCUGCACAACAAAGUAAUUUUUUAGGACAAGAAGAUAAGCUUUAUUCACCUGUGAGAGAUCAUCUCUCUAUAGCCACCAAGGAAAAUUGGUUAACACAAGCAUUGUUCUUCAACCCGAAUGGCAAGACAAGCUUAACUAGGGGGAAAAAAUUCAACCGAAAUAGUUUUGGUUUAUCCAUACAGCACGGCCGUGACAUUCAGCUAAACUGCACACAGUUAUGGGAUUCUGACUCCACUGAACAUCCAUUAGAAGCCAGUGAUGAGAAGUACAGUACUUCCGCAGAUCUUUUUGAAACUAGGGAAAAGAUAGAUGACACUACAGUACGAGGGACUCCUGUAGCAUGCCAUAACUUUGUGGAUAGAGGCUUUGAUGGUAAAAUUAAAGAAACAUGUUUUCCUGUAAAUGUUGUUACUGCUGCAGAUGAAGAUCUGACCCAAACUGAUGUCUUUGUUCCAUGCUUGCAGUCCACUCCGUUAGUGAAACGUAUUUCUGGGUCACAUCUGCUAGGGAUUAACAAAAAACCUUUGAAUGUCUUAUCAGCUAAUAAGACAGGCCUAAUCUUCUCGUUGCGUGGAAUAUCACGAUGUUCACUGAGAAAUGAUUUGCUAAAGAAAAUGUCUCAAACUUCUUUUUUAGAGAGUACCGGUAAUUCAAUUCUGUUUUGCACUGUAAGCAGGUCCUCUCUCGCCCUAAAAAGUCCAGCUCUGGGAACUUUUAUUAGUCAUUCUGAUGAAUAUAGCACUCGGCCAUUGAAACAAAUACUCCCUGUGUCUCAAGUCCUUAAUCAGGAAACACCAAGAGCUGGACCAUCAUUCCAUAGAAGAACACAUACUGCAUUUAAAGCUGCUAAAAUGAAAUUUCCUUCAGUAGAUAAAGAGAACACUAAUGACCAAAAAGAUCUGUUUAGCAAUGUAAUAAAGAGUGCGUUUGAAAAAAAUAAUUAUAAAACAGUAAGGAACAAUGAAAUUAAUGGAUUUCUAAAUAAUUCUUUGGACUUAUCACCUAUUAACUGCUUACCCUUUCCCGUUGUGGAAGGCACAGAACCAAACCCUUUUCCAAAUGACUGGUCUCCAGAACUAUUUGCUGAAAAAUCAAAUACUUGCCGCCAGGAGGAGAGUUUGCAAAGACGUUUGUUUUAAAAUUUCAGUUCUGGUUUUGGAUAAGACGUGGGGAAGUGGAAUUCUUGUACAAAAGAAACUAGUCAGUAAUUACAAUGUGUAAGCAAAAAAAAACAAAAAACAUUAUUACUGUACGUAAAACACUGCAGGUUGGAUUUAACUUUUUUGUUCUGGUAUUCAACUAGUCCUUGCCCUCUCAUCAUGAUUAAUGGAAGAGCUAAGCAUAUAACAUAAACUGCUGGCCAGC